AAUGCAGCAUGCGGGACAGUGAUUGCGUUUUAGAGGCAAGUUCGAAACCAAAAUAACAAUAUUCGUGCGAAAACCCGACCUGCUAGUUACGUCAGCUGCGCACAUUUGUGACGGGCACGCGCAUUCAGUCAGGGUGGAAGUGGAGUGGACGGUGCACGGGUCUUCAAGCAAGCAAACCCACCCGGUUACGAGGUUUUUGAGAACCAUACCGUGUUUGGAAGAUGUGACACAUGGCACAAAAUACCGUGUAAAGUAAAACUGUCAAUGUUUGCAUGUGUCAAAGUAGCUGUCAACUUGGAAAAGCUAGCUGAUUAGCAGGAAGGCUAGUGGUGCUGAAGUGAAAUGCAUUGUCGGACAGUCAGUCAGUGUUCUCCUUUAGCCAUCUUACCGACACUGACAUCACUGCGGCCGCCGAACACAUGAGAUGUCUGCUUAACUUUUUCUCUGCUGGACAUUUAAUCGCUACAAAUUUUUCACCAUGGAUAGCGAAGGCAGCAGUCGCAGGCCCCAGAUUGGAAACAAUAGCAAGCUAGCCCGGCUAGCAAGCUGCUGUGGCUGCUAAGCCUGCUAACAGCUAUCCUGCUCGGUGCGUGUCUGGAGCCGCACUGAAGACGUCGAGGUAUGUGUGCAAUGGAUGAGGAGCCGGUGUCAGAUCCCCUCAGUGCAGCCUGUAUCCAGCCGGUGUUCUCCAGCCAGGACCUGCCUGACCCACAUUCAGCAUCCCAACAGCCGCCUUCUGUCUUCAUGCCAUCUGAGUCUACAUGGAUGAGCAGCAGCACUGACGACCUGGGCCUAACUGAGGAACUCAGUAACGGGACCUGUGAAAUUGAGACUAUGGUAGCAUUACAUUGUCCUGGUGACAGAGAAGAUGUAGUGGCUGAAGGUGACCCCCUGGCACUGAGCAAUGACGGCAUGUCAGAGUUUUCAAAUAGUGACAUCUCACUGCCAGAGGUUUGUAUUUCCACCAACAGCAAUAGCUUCGAGGAGGAUAUGAACUAUGAGGUCCAGCAAGCUUAUAGGAUAUUCACUGGCUUUCUCUUGGACAAGAACAAAACAAUAACGAGCCCGUUUCUACACCCCAUCGGACAUCAGGAGGCCCAGCAUGGCAUUGGAGGGGUCCGGAACAGGGGCCACGCACAUCUCAGGCAGUCCAUGUGCUUGCGUAGAAUAGAGGAGAAGUUCAUCAGCCAGGAGUAUGAAAGCAUAACAGAGUUUGUUGCAGAUUUCAGGCUGAUGCUGGAGAACUGCUAUCGCUACCAUGGGGUGGACCAUUGGAUUUCCAAGCAGGCUCAGAAGCUUGAAAUCAUGCUGGAGCAGAAGCUAACAUUGUUAUCCAGGACACUGCGUCAAAAGACAACCCUGGCAGUGACAUCCAAAGGCCGUUUCGGUGUAGAGGAGGAACGAGUAUCAGGAGGGACCUCCACAAGGAGGAGGUUGGCUCCCCGUAGCCUGGCGACGAUCACAGUGGGUGGGCACGAGUCUGUCAUGGUCCAGACCCUGCGACUGGAAGAGCAGCAAAGAGCCAAGGAAGAGAGGAGACAACGUGAACUUGAGAAGAAAGAGGCCGAAGAAAUGUCAGCCAAAGAGGUGGAAGAAUGGGAGCAGAGCUUGUUGUCCCAGGCGUCCCCCUACACUGUGGACACCCUUUGGGAACUCCCAGCUAUAGGACACUUCCUCUGUCUGGCUCAGACCGCCCUCAACCUCCCUGAAAUUAUAUUUUUUGAGUUGGAGCGAUGUCUGUUAAUGCCUCGCUGUAGCCUUCUCCUGUCCAAAAUCAUGUCUUCCCUGCUGUCCCCACCACAGAAAAGAUCCACUCUGCAUCGCCGGCCAGCUCUGCCUUACCGCCGGUGGGAGUCGGAGCUCAGGCAGCGGGUCAUGGGCUGGUAUCAAACUAUCGGUGCCUGUUAUGAUCAGCCAGGUCGGGCUGAGCAGCUGGGCCUGUGCCACCAGUUCUUCAGCAUCCUGGGAGAGGUCAGUCCCUUGGAAGAGAAGCCCUUCCACUUGCUGCCCUUCUACCAGCGCGUAUGGCUUCUGAAGGGGCUGUGUGAUCAUGUGUAUGAGACACAGAAGGACGUGCAGGACGCUGUGCUGGCUCAGCCCAUCCAUGAAUGUAGGGAGUCUAUUUUGGGCUACGACAGCAAGGAGAAUGCCUAUAUACACUUCCCACAUUUCUGCGGGGCAGACCUGAGGAUUUACUGCCAAAGCCCCAGCACACCCCCUGCUUUUCCUUUCCCUUCUGUUUUGGUGAAAAGGGUUGAAGUAAAACGAGGAACCGAGGGCAAAGAGUCCAGUACAGUCAAGGUUGAGGGAGAAAAAAGUGACGUUGGGCAUUUCGGUGGCUCUUUGGGCACAGGAGACUCUGCUGACCACGGGAUGGGAAGAGCAGAGACACAGAGGUUUACCAAGGAAAAAGCUGAGGGAGAGGAAGAUGACGAAACAUUCAGUUUGUGGUCACUGAAAAAGGAGGAAGAGUCAUCUGACGGAGACUCCUGUGAGGAUUUUGAUAGACAUACUAACACCUUGUCGAUUUCACCUACAAGCCCUAUCAGGAGAAGCGACGUUAAAAAUAAUUUGAAAAGGGAAAGGGUGGAGUUGGAGCAUCAAUCCAAAAGACUCAAAUUAAAACAGGAGCCAGGCUUCUCUUUGGGCUCCAUAUGCAUCAUGAACACAGUGACACAAGAGCCCUGUCUCAGUGUGGUAGAGCACAGCUACACUGGCAGGUCCCCAACACAACCAGUGAAAGCCCAUGGACAAAGUCCCACUCAGGGACACCAAAGAUCAUCAUGCUCGGAAUGCUGUAAAAGCAAAAUUGGUAACAUUAAGUCUGAGCCGCUCGAGUGCGGUUACGGCACCUCAGGGCCAGCCACGCAGUUGUCGUCUGAGAGCACUCAAAAUUCAAGCGAAGAGAGGGCGUAUGACAGAAUCUGGACUAAGAAAAAAAAGCGGAAGAAAAAGCGAGGAAGUGAACAGCUGCUGGGGGUGAAAAGAGAGUACAAGCAGCUGCAGCAGGUGGACAGGAUGAGUAUGUCUGCAGCUGAAGGGGCCAAGUCUGCCAUCCAACAGGGGUCCACAGCCAACAAGAGGAAAGACAAGAAGAAGAAACAUAAAGCAGGCAAAAAACUUCAAACCUCAAAGAAAAUUAAGGAUGAACCUCCGCUUGAACCAUCUUUUAAGUUGGUAUGCACUAGUCUUGAGGAAUUACGAGAGCUGAUCAGUAAGACUGAGGAUGAGCUGGAUGACCUGGAGAGCACUAAAAAGAGACUGGGUCGGUGGUAUUAUAGACGAGAGGCAGUGAAAGACCUCCACAGCACUCUAAUCCGGCUACUAAAUGAGCUUUCCCCAUGGGAACCUAAACUCAUAAAGGCCUAUCAAAGGAACAGGCUUCGUUUGAAGAAGGAAUUUGAGGUGUUCAAGAAGCAUCCAGAGUACAACAACUUUGUUCGUGAGGAGUGUAUUUCAUCAUCGUCAGAUGAUGACGAGGAGAGGGUUUUAGGUAAAGAGGUGUGUUUACUGACUGAACAAUACAGAAGAUCAGAAGAGGAAGACUUGGAGCAUGUGGUUCCCAGAGGCCUUUGGACUGGGGGAAGCACCAGGGAGUUUGGGACUGAGUCUGCUGGAGAGACAACCAUGACGUACAUCACUCCAAAUCAUCUAAAAAUCCCACUGGCCAGCCCUGAUAAAGGUGUUAGUCUACUGCCCAGACCUCAGACUGGUACGAGUAACAGUUCCUCUACCCCUGACUCUGAGCUGCAGUCCAGAUCCGAAUUGAUCCAUUCAGAUCAAUCCAGCAACUCCAACUCUGCAUGGGCAUCAAGGAUACCAGCCCAGACUACUGUGUCACCGAAACCCCCCAUCCUUCACCUCACUACUGGACUACCUAAGGGCUACACGCCCAUCCCCACAUUGCUAGCCAAGAGUGUGGGAAACAAAGUGACCUUAAUGAAACGGCCUGCUGAAUGCCUCGGAGUCAACAGCAUAAAUGGACAGAGCAAAAGGCCUGUAGUCUCCUCCUUGCCUACCUCUGCAGUGGAUACCACUAAACUCUCAAAAGCACAAAGUUCUUCAUCUAGUUCCCAGCAGAACGCUCAGCAAUCACAGGCACAAGGCCAGGUGAAACAAACACCAACAGUUCCACAGCCAGGACUGGCCACAAUGAUGGCAGCUCCCCCUAAAUCACCGCAGACCAAACCAAGCCAGACCCUACCAAAAACUGUCCAAGUGGUGUACAAGGUACCUGAGGGGCUGGGUCAUCUUGUGAGGAAAGACAGCAGCAGCCCAGUCAAGAUCUCUGUUCAUCCUGCUGUGGACCAAAACGCUGGAGAGAGGAUAAUGCAGCAAGUGGUAAUUUUGCCUUCUAACCUUCUUAUUAAAAAAACUGAAGAAAAAUCGUUGUUACAUCAACAACAGUCCAAGAGAGUUCAGGACCCAGUUCCUGAAGUGGCCACAUCAUUAUGUAUGUCCACCAAUGUGCCUGGUUUCACCAUUCCUGAAAACAGAAUCCCUAUUCAGCAAGUGGCACCUUUAAAAGAUGCCAGGACAGUGAGGACCUCCUCUCCUUCUGUUUCCCCUGGUUUGCAGCAGACGGCCAUAAACACGGCAGGAUUCAAGGGUACACUGCCUCGUAGUCUUCAGACUACUACAUCACAAUGUAUACCAAACCACUCACCUGUCAUGACUCCUGCCAGUGCAGUUUAUACUGAUCCUGCUAAGUCCACAGACCCUAAACAGGAACUCAAGACUGUGUGUAUACGUGACUCGCAGUCUAUCCUUGUAACAACUAGAGGAGGCAACACUGGGAUUGUGAAAGUCCAGACAUCCUCAGACCAGAAUGCUCUUGGUUCUUUGCCCACCAGUCCCAUCAUAACUAUUUCACCUCAGUUUAAAGCCUUUCUUGUAUCCAAGACAUCACCAACUCUUUGUCCUUCCAUUCCCGCCCAGACUUCCUCAUGCACCAUCCCAGCACUGACAAGUAUCUCAGUGGCCCAAACUCAGAGGCAGGUUCCCUCAGUAUUAAAGUCCCCCUCUACUGUCAGACUUCCUAUGGUUACUUCUGUCACUGGAAGCAUUCCUGUCACAGCCCAAGUAAGCCAAUCUGUAGAUUCUACUGUUGCCUUAACUCAAGGCUCCAAAAUUUCAGCUAGCUGUACUGAAUCAACAAAGAGUGCUCUACUAACACAGACAGCAGGGUCUGGUUCUUGCUUGCAACCAUCAUUAGUAAAAAAUGCUGUUGUUGUCCCCUCACUCACUAAUUCUGGUGCUUCCCAAGGUGCCACAGCAGCAGAGUUCAUCAGCAAACCUUUUGUGAAACGGACCAGUACAGACGAAAUGUCACAAGUCACUAAAUUUAUCUUAGUCACUCCCUCUUCUUCCACUUCCUCCUCAAUGGUCGGGGUUUCAUCCACGAAAACACUCCCCGGUUCACAAGUCAUGUUCAUUGGUCAACCCACAGUGACGUCAUCCAUGACCGUCAUGCAAAGCUCCAAAGCAGUUCCAAAGCAGGUAGUAGCUGCAGCACCUAGCGGACAGCGGCUGGCUACUCCAUUAUCCAGUGAGAAGAUGGGAGUAAGCCCAAGCCAGUGUGUUAGCAGCCUCAACUCCGAGCCAUUGUCCAAGGCCAAGAACAUCACCUUGCCCUCAGGCGUUCACAUCCAGUUUUCAGGACAGACGACGACCAUCGGACAGACCAUUGGUGUCCUAUCGCGUUCUCCCUCCAAGAACAGAGUAUCUAACUCUGAUUCAGGCCAAAAACCCAUCUCAACUGGACAGAUUACAGUCCCAAGUUCAAACAUCAUCUCAAGCCGUUCCUCCUUGCUGGCCUCUCACACUUCACCGCCCACUGCCUCUAAUCCUCAAGGUAUGUCUUCCUUCUCUGUGAUCUCCAAACCAGUCUCUUCCACAACCACAUCCUCUGCUACAGUGGACUCUUUCCCUGCAGGAGACACAUCAAAGAAGAACCCUGGGCUGUCCACAGAUACACUGGCCAGUGAGUGUCAUGCUCAUGUAACAACUUCAGUACAGAGUAGUCCAUUUCAAAACUCAAUACCUGCCAUGGUCCAUCACUCCCCAAAUAUCCAAAGUGGCAUUACUCCUAAAACGUCCAUGUUACCUUCACUCCAGUUUCCUCUCAAUAAGACCCAAGCACAGAUCUACUCAGCAACAACAAAACCUACUAGUACCACUGGGGACCUUUUAUCAUCAUCAACAACAGCCUCUACUCCAGUCACCACAUCUGCUACUGGCACAAUCCAGCAGAAAAUAGUCAUCAACACAACCACACCCCUUGCCGCUGGUACGCAUAUCGUUCUUAAUAAUGCACACUUUGUCGUACCACCACAGGGUUUGAGUCCAGGCACCCAUGUCCUCAUCAUCUCAAGUCCUGCAGCACAACAAGUGCCUAGUACAAGUGCUGUCACCACUGGAGCAGCAGCAGUACCCCUACAGGGGGUAAGCCAUGUCACUGUAGCCCCUCAAGCAUCAGUUUUACCCCAGUCCCCAACCAGGCUGCCCAGUGUACCAGCCAUCAGUUCUCCUUUUGUAGCAUGCACACCUGCUCUUGGACCACCGUUGGUAGCAGCCAGUCCCAGUGUCACACCAGUCCAGUUAACAGGAGCAACUGGUUUGAGCUCCACACUGUUAGCCAGUAAAACAAAUGUAGUAUCUGCUUUGCCAAGGUUGCCGGCCUUGCAGGCUGUUAACAUUGCAUCAGCACCCACUGUGGUGUCAGCCCUGCCCCGGUUGGAUGGUGCAGGCCUAGUCUCGCCAGUAACAACCAGCUCCUCUGCUGUCGUCUCGCAGCCAGCUGUUGUUAGGGCAGUUGCCGGUACAGCCACACAAGGUGAAUGUUUGUCCGCCAUUUCAGCUACACUGGCACUCCCUUCGCCCAGGUUGUCAGCACCUGCAUUAUCAUCUGUUGUUUUACCCAACCCAUCCGCUGUUUCUCUGCUCAGUCCUAAUCCAGCACCCACAUCCUCUGUUGCACCCAGUUUGUAUCCUUCCUCUCUUAACCCACAAGUUGUUUCUGCAACAGCUGUCCGGCCCCAGCAGACAGCGGUUCAAGCUGCUGCCCCUUCCACUGCUCCAUCACAAGCGUUGCUACAUAUGGGACUUGGCAAUACAUCUGUCAGAAAACCACCACCAGCAGUCCUUCAUCCAGUCCUCAGUGGUGCACGGGCACAAGUAUUACCAACAGUGGCUGUCCCGCCAAUUGUGAGCACAGUUUCGAGGAUGCAGACUCUGCCCAUUGCCACAGUUCCACCGAUUGGAAGCACCGUAAACCGUUUGGAAUCGGCUCCUAUUGUGUGCAUGCCACUCACCAGCAGCACCGUUAUAGUCACUGCAAGCCAGCCAAUGACAGCACUGGAGACCAACGACAGCAUCCAUCCACCCGCGGUUCUGUCUGGUUCAGCACUGGGAAAACACUCUGUGCAGACUUCAGCACUAAGUAUGCAUACUAGUGUAGCAUCGAAGCUACUCAUUAGUCCUGAUGGUGCUGUUUUGAGCACAGAUCAGUGCCAGGUCGGGCCAAAACCGAAGGCUGCGCUGGUGGUUUCCCCCAACAGUUCCACAGCAGCACUGCAUACACGGGAUUCCUCACUGCAGCCUUCACAGAUGAACACAAAGUAAACCAGUUCACAGAGACUAAGACUCGAAGAUCGAAGGACACACACAUCAUUUCAUCUGCUUACUUUGCCAAGGUUCAUAUCUAUUUGCUUGUAGUGUUUCUGCAGAUAGUUCAAGAACUUUAGCUUGACUCACUAUUUCAAUUGUCAAAGUACAAUAGUUUAUUCAUCUAGUAUGUAAACUGUAAGCUCAAUCAGACAGACUGGAAAUGUAUACUGUGAUGAUUUUCCUUAUGUGGAAACCAUUGGCAUUGCCCUUGGAUGAAUGUUAAAGACUUUCCCAUUUCAUGUUAUGACCAGUAAUGACGACGCAAAUAACAAAUCAGUAGAAUGGGUUAGAAUAAAUGAAUUUCAGCUUCAGUUUUUGUAAUACUUUUCAAUGCCAUUAGAUACUGUUUGAAGGGUUAUUUACUGAGAAAAUAGUAAUCGCAACAAUUUGAUCGAUUUUGAACAAUACAAUUCUGUGUAUCAAAUUUCAGUCAAAUUGUCCUUUUUUUUAAAGUAGUAAUUGUCUGAAAAUUUACAUUUUACCUUUUAGAAUGUAAAACUCAUAGAUGAAUUUGUACUACAUGUUUAAGUCUACAUGAAAUGUUUUGACUUCACAUUUAUUUAUUUUUACCAUAUAGAUUUUUUAGAAAUAUUUACUAGGUACAAUUUCAUUGGACAAAUGUGGACAUUACUGCAUGGAAAUAAACAGUGCAACUGUC